GGUAGAGUAUAAGUAGCAACGGGAACGCUGGCCGGGUCACAUCGUGUGUUAAGCUCUCCGCAGCCUCUCAGGAUGAGGUUCGAAGGUUUCUUCGCAACGCUACUGGUGCUAUGCGCCAUCUCGUAUUUCCCUGGAAGCUUACAGAGAGGUGUUGAAGGCAAUGCAGAUAUGUUACGGUCGCAUGAGCAGUUAGAUGAUGAUGGGUGGUACGAACACCUGCUAGAGGCGGAUCUAAAUAAAGAGGACCAGCAGAGCUCGACCGACAACCCGCCGAGCACGCCCGACGGGCCGCCGAGCACGCCCGACGAGCCGCCGAGCACUCCCGACGAGCCGCCGAGCACGCCCGACGAGCCGCCGAGCACGCCCGACGAGCCGCCGAGCACGCCCGACGAGCCGCCGAGCACGCCCGACGAGCCGCCGAGCACGCCCGACGAGCCGCCGACCACAACUGAGGGACCAUCACCUAAUCCCUCACCAAACACAGACAGUGCCUUCUCGUUUGUAGGCAACUCAAUGCUAACAGUAGGUGCAACUGUUCUUACUCUAGUAAUCAGUUGGGGCCGAUAGAUUUGUCCUUGGCAAUGUCAUCUUCUGUUUCCAAAUUUUAUUUUCACCAGCUCCUUAUGCGUCUGUGAUAAUCUGUUACAGAAAGUCUUCUGUCCUCCAUAAAUCUUCAUUUACAGGUUUCCAGAAUUCUGAUCUGUAUCAUUGUAUGUUUACGAGAAAAUAUUAUAUGUGCUCUGUUUUAAUUAUUGUAAGCUACUAACAUUUUAAUAUAUAUAUUUUAUAUACAUUAAAGUUUACCUUCUUAUUGUGUUAAAA